AGGAGCCACUUGAAAAAUCCGGAAAAAAAAAGCAGAAAGAACGGAUUAUUUCCAUUUUGUUCACAAUCCGAGGCAACUGUGGUUCUCUACUCCAAUCAUGGACCAAUCAUCUCCUUCCUCUUCCUCAACUACUGCGGCCACCACUCCUCUCCUCCACCACCAGCAGCCUUGGUGGCGUCGCCGUUUCCAAAUGAAAAACAGCCUCUCCGACGAAUUAUCUGGAGCAGUAGGAGACUUGGGCACUUUCAUUCCGAUAGUCCUAACCCUGACCUUAGUUUCCCACUUAGACCUCUCCACAACUCUCAUCUUCACUGCCUUCUACAACAUAAUCACCGGCCUGCUCUUCCAAAUCCCCAUGCCUGUCCAACCCAUGAAAUCCAUAGCCGCCGUCGCCGUCUCCGAAACCCCACACCUUACCACUUCCCAAAUCGCCACCGCUGGUGCAUCUACUGCCGCCGUCCUCCUCCUCCUCGGGGUUACCGGUCUGAUGUCGACCCUUUACCGUCUUCUUCCUCUCCCCGUUGUCCGUGGGGUCCAGCUCUCUCAAGGCCUCUCCUUUGCCUUCUCAGCCAUCAAGUAUAUCCGUUACAAUCAAGACUUUAUAGCUUCUAAGUCUACAACCCCACGGGCUUGGUUGGGCCUUGAUGGUCUUGUUUUGGCCCUUUCAAGUCUCCUCUUUCUGGUAAUCUUCACAGGUUCCGGCGAUUAUAACGAUAGAAAUGAAUCCGAUGACGACGACCAGCCUCGUCGGAGAAACUCAAAGAGGUUGAGAAUCAUGGGUUCAAUUCCAGCGGCCCUGAUAGUGUUCUUACUUGGGUUGGUUUUAUGUUUUAUACGCGAUCCUUCCAUUUUUGGCGAUCUUAAGUUCGGUCCCUCCAAAAUUGGGUUUUUGAGUAUCACUUGGAAUGAUUGGAAAGUUGGGUUUUUGAAAGGAGCAGUGCCACAAAUUCCACUCUCUGUUUUGAACUCGGUUAUUGCGGUUUGUAAGUUGUCCGGUGAUUUGUUUCCAGACAGGGCAGAACUGUCUGCUGCUAAGGUUUCUGCGAGUGUUGGGGCUAUGAAUUUGGUGGGAUGUUGGUUCGGGGCAAUGCCGGUGUGUCAUGGUGCAGGUGGGCUAGCUGGUCAGUAUCGGUUUGGAGCUAGGAGUGGAUGGUCGGUGGUGUUUUUAGGGAUCGGAAAGUUGGUGAUUGGCUUGGUGUUUGGGAACUCCUUUGUCAGGAUUUUGAAUCAGUUUCCAAUAGGGAUUCUUGGGGUCCUUUUACUAUUUGCAGGCAUUGAAUUGGCCAUGGCCUCGAGGGAUAUGAGCUCGAAGGAGGAGUCUUUUGUUAUGCUGGUUUGUGCUGCUGUUUCUUUGACUGGUUCUAGUGCUGCAUUGGGGUUUGUGUGUGGGAUUUUACUGUUUUUGUUGCUGAAACUAAGAAAAAUGGAGUGUUCUGGUUUGGGUUUCAGCAAAUUCAAGUUCGAGUCUGCCGUUGAUGCCGAAACCAGUUCAAUUCCUUAAUGCUGCUUUAUUUCGGCCUGAUGUUCGAUGAUGAAGCAAUGAGGGUAUGUUACAUUUUAAAAUGCAAUUAUAAGAUGUAGAUUCAUGUGCUGAUGGUAUCUUUAUCAGCAGAUGUGUUUGUGUUUGUGCUAGACUAGCAGAAUACUUCCAGGAUCAUAUGAUAGAAUAUAAUCUACUUUGAUGCAUUUAAUUCUGGCCAAGCAGUUAGUACAUAUAGCUCGAUGCAUUUAUUCAAUUCUGUUGCCAAUUGGAGUUUAAUGUAUAAUCUUCCUUGAAAA